CUAACUCAGAUUUUACUUAUAGUGUACAAUCUACCUUAUAUCACACACUCGUAUCUACGCGGCCUGUUUAGGUAACUAGAAACUUUCAGCUAACUUCAAAGCAUGUUUACAUUAAUCCUUGGUGAUUUGGCUAAAGGCGUGUCAUCCAGUAGUGUAAGUGAUUACGUGUCCGAUCGUCUGAAUCAUGUAUUGGCAGUGUCAGUAUUCUGCAUCUUUGCCAUCAUUGUGGGUUUAGAGCAGUACGUUGGUGAUCCCAUCCACUGUUGGUGUCCAGCAGAAUUUACGGAUUCCCACUGUAACUACACGGAGGCCUACUGUUGGGUGCAGGAUACCUAUUACAUACCCCAGGAUGAAGUGGUCCCCUGGGAGAAGGCGGAGAGAUACGAAGAGGAGAUUAAGUACUACCAAUGGGUGCCUAUAAUUCUGCUCUUCCUUGCUGCUUGCUUCAAGAUCCCCAACCUCAUCUGGUGCAUGCUCAAUAGCGUCACGGGAGUCAACAUCGAGAAGGCCAUCAACGCAGCCGAAGAUUCGAUAAUAGCGGUGAGCCAAGAAAGGAAGGACAAAAUUGGAUUUAUCGCCAGCUAUCUAGAUCGUUGGCUUCUCCUGUCCAAAAAGACCAAAUACGGCACAGUCUACAAAUUAUUUGAAACACUGUCCUCUUUCAUGUGUUUUUGUUUUGGACCGAAAACCUGCAGCUAUAUCACCGGAUUGUAUAUUUUCAUCAAAUUUGUUUAUUUCGGUGUGUCAAUCAGUUUGCUCUUUCUCCUCAAUCACAUGUUAGCCAUGGAUUACCUGUUUUAUGGGUGGGAGGUCAUCCAUAACUUGUCCCAAGGAGAAGAACUUGCUGAAUCACCCAGAUUCCCCAGAAUUACCAUGUGCGACUUCCAAAUCCGACAACUACAGAAUAUCCAGACCUACUCUGUUCAGUGUGUUCUCUCUGUCAAUCUCUUCAACGAAAAGAUUUUUAUUUUUAUAUGGUUUUUGUUGGUAGCCUUAUGCACUUGCAACGCGUUUUCUUGGUUCUGUGCGUUGAAAGAUUUUGCUAUUCCUCGGUCGCGAAUGUCGUGGCUGAAAACGAAAUUAAAAACAUUGCAGACCAAACGUAGUAGCCAGACUCAUCCACCAACACUCCAGGAAAAGUUUGCGCAACAUCUGGGUUGUGAUGGGGUGUUUGUGUUGAGAACAAUCGAAGAUAACACAAGUGAGAUGGUGGUUUGUGAGUUGCUGAACGAAUUACGGCGAUUAUUUUGCGACCGAGUGACAGUAUGAGGACGACGCGUGUGUUACCCUAGCUGUGGAUAUUACCACGAAAGUUCGCCCUCGUGGUUUUUGUUGGUUUGGUGUUUCGGGAUGUGUGUGCGUGUCAUGUGAUCCUUAUCAAUGCAGUAGGGUUUAUAUAUUUUUAGUUUAUUUGAAGGAAUGUGAAAUGUAUACAAAGUGUGUUCAUAUCGUUUUAUGUCUUACGCUUUCUUCUAGUUGAGAUGUAAUGAAAAAUACUCGCCAUCUGGACGUGUGUGUUGGAUUGAUUUUGAGAUGUUUUGUGAGACUUAGGGCAGUGUUUUUAUUGUAGUUUUGAUUUCUUCUUCUUUUUGGGAAUGUUAUGCAUUCGUUUAUUCGUGUGGUGCGUAUGGCAUUGGUUCGCAAACCAGAAAGUCUUGGGUUCGACCCCGGUGUUCGUUAAGACAGUUCCUUAGGAUUUCCCAGUCUGAUAGCCGCCUGGACAUUCGGAUGUGACGAAACAAAAACAGAUCCUUGUACAGUGGCAGCAUGUGAAAUAUCCUCUGAAAAUUAAAAAUCGAAAAGGAGUAGGCCGUAGCGCCGCUGUGAGGGUAACAUCUGAAACUCUAUUAUAAGACGGUAUCCCCUUUUUUUUGUAAUUCUAGUUUUUCUGUGAUGCAAGACGCGGGGUCGGGUAAUGAACAGCGUGUAGUCAUUCGGGUAGUACGAUGAACCGAAGUCUUGGAGGCUUGACCUACACGACUAAUAAUUUUUCCACUGCCCUGACCCCCCCCCCCCCCACCCACCCCGAUAUACCUAUUUUCAUUAGUCCGGAUGGUGCGUUUAACCCCAUUCCAUUCCAUUCAUUCAUUCAUUCAUUCAUUCGGCAGAGAUGAUCAAAGGGAAAUAACACUUUAAUAGCUCAAAGGGAUUCAGACCAGCAAUUAUCUUCCUCCUUGACUUCAAUGUUAGCCCCUUGAUUUAUAACACUGUUUUGGCAUUCCAAUGAUCUUAAUAGUUAUAAUCACGAGGAGCAAAACAUGUCACAAUUAUCUUAUUCCAAUAUUGAAGGGCGGCUGCUCUCUCACAGGAAUAUAUAGGCAGUGGUGUAGACGAUGUCCAUUAUUUCCCGAUUCUUCCGCCUCAAAAUCAUGAAAUGGAAGAAAAUAUGAUUUCAAAUGUUCUAUUUCGAUCACAGACGAACGGCUUGGGAUCAGGAGAAAUAAUUGCUAGUCUUGGGCCAAGUCUCCAAGAGAUCGACAUCUAUUCAUUAUGGAUGGCUAAACUAUGUACUGAAACUUAAAUGGAAUGGGGUUUAACGUCCUACUUUUAUACACCGAUUUGGCUAAUGAAGUCGGGCAUACGCCAUACAGUGUGCGAUGCGGGUAAAUGUUUUGUCCAGACAGUGGCGUUUCCGUCUUCUCCUCGUCGAAUUUCAACUGCCAGGUUUAUUUCUAUCCUUACACACUGCUCCUUGCCAGGACCACCGUCCUGUACAACAUAAAAUUAGAAUUGGUAUAAACAUAAUUUAUUGAUUUAUUAAAUAGAUAAACUGAUUUAGUGUCAGUUGAUAAAUUGGCAAAUAUAUCAUAUUUAAGUUGAAACACCAACGUUGAGCUUUGUCAAUUCUAUGGAGCGUAUAGAAAACAAUAGAGAUAAUUUUGUUAUUAAGUCUAGAAGUGCUAGAACGAUUCCUAUAUUUGUUUCAUAGUGUUUGACAACAUAUUAAGCACAAGAUAUAGAAAUAAUUAUGUUUUGAUUUUCUUAGAAAAUGUGCAACUAUCGCUGUAAGUAAUAAUGUAUUUUACUUUGUAAUUAGUCAAUUAUAUACCAGAGAUUUAUGCUGAUCCUAACGCAAAGUCCUUUUAAAUCUUCAAUUUCUUUGAUUCAUUAAAUUCCAUUGUUUAUAAUCUAAUUCAGAAAAUUAAAAUAUACCCAUAUAAAGGUUAAAGACCUGUCUUUUGAACUAGAAAUUAUUCAAAUUGAUCAAUUAUUGUAACUUUAUUUAUGGCUAUUUAAGGCUUAUGUGUCUUGUACAGAUAAUGUAAAAAUGAUCCCGUACAUCCGAUCAUUUUCAUACAUCUCAUGAUUUUGGUACAUCCCAUGAUUUUCGUACAUCUCAUGAUUUUCGUACAUCCCAUGAUUUUUGUACAUCCCAUUCCAUUUUUUUCAUGGAUUUUUUUAAGACCCGGAUUUAUUUAAUUACAUAAUAACAACUAUUGGGUUUUACAUUAAAAUAGUGUAAGAGACACUCGACACAAACUAGGUUAUUUCGGGACUAACAUAUGAUUCAAUUUUAUUUCAAUAAUUCGCUUGCGCGUAGGGGUAUUUAGCAGUGAGAGGAAACCAUAUCAUCCGGAGAAAACCCACGAGUUUGGACAGGCGACCCUACUCCUUGUAACGUACAAGAGGGAAUUUGAAACCCCGCCACUUGACUCAAUGACAGACCUUCUGAUUCAACGCGCACCAUUAACCAUUCUCCUCACUCAUAACGGACUGUACGGCGCGUGCCAUGUCUUCAUUAUUAAUGAUGGAGCAAAAAAGUAGGACAUUAAAAGCCAUUUCAAUUAAUUUCAUCUGCCUUCUAUCUUUGACAAAGUAAAGCAGAAAUGAAACUCACAAAAUAUGUUGAUAUUAUCAUAAAAUAUGUGCUUGUUAUAAUUUCUUUUAUAUUUAUUAAUUGAAAUAUUUCUAUUAUAUAUUUACUUAAUAUUAUAGAAAAUUUAUCCAAUUUUCUUUAUUUUUACCGCAUUUAUUUUACUCAAUUUGAAAAGAAAAUAAUUGUAUGAAACGUGAUACCAUUUUCAUUUCAAUUUAAAGAUACAUUAUGUAAGAUUUAGAUAAAGAGCUAGCCAUUCUUGCUAUAAUAGUUCGAAAAUAAAUAAUGUUAAAUGCAUAAUUUGAAAAUUUCAUUCAAAUUACUCUAUUGCGAGCAAAGAUAUUAGCCUUUGAAGGUUUGACAAGACGUGUGCAAUAAUCUCAACCACCGUACUGGUUGUUCGAAGCUAAGUAUCGCUCCUCCGAACUGUUCUAAUCUAUAUACUAUCGGAGAAAUCCGAUGCCACCGAGAGUUGAUUAUGGCCUGGAUAAAUUAAUUAAUGUCUAAUUAAUAAUUUAGAAACAUUUCAGGCCUAAAGAAAGGCCUGCAAUAGACAGUUUUAGCUCUUGCAUAAUGUAUGUUUAAGACAUGAAAGGAAAUGCCAAUUGUAUGUAAUUAGUUUUAAGUUCUUGGCAUUGAUAGGAGGGACUUUCGCUAUAACAGCGACCUAAUCGAAUAACUCAUUUCUGAUUUGAAAUACAAAAGUACGAGAUUUUAGUUAUGACCACUUCACAAAUAAAUGUUGAAAUGGUAUCAGUUGCUCUACUUAGUGUACGAUAGACAUUAUUACUGAUAGCUAAUAAUAGUUUGUAGUUUAUUUUUUCAAAAUUGUACAUAUUUGAGUACUUUCAUUCCGUAUUAUUCAUUCUGGGGGAGUGUAUUUUCCGGUGGGUUUGGUUGGUCGGAAAUUUCCCAUACGCCGAGUUGGACACCUCAACCAGCCUAACUUCCCCAACCGACAUGACCUCCCCAACCUGCCGGAAAAUAGACAAUACCCUUCUAUCUUAAGUGCUAUUUUUCUACCAAAAUCCUUACUUUAAAUAAUAUAUUCCUUUUUAUUAAUUUAUAUUUUGUAAAUCAAAUUAAAAAAGUAAUUUUAUCUAAAUAAAUGUUCUGUCUUUAUUUUAUUUUUCAGGCGACUAAUAAGUUUCAAGUUAACAUAUUUUUGGAUAUUUGGUGGAUAACGUUAUCUAAGUCUGUUGCAUUUCAGAAAUCUACAAAUCUUGUUGUUCCAAAAUUGUCCCUUUCAAAACCGAGAAGACAGAUGGUGGCGUAUAAAUCCAGAAUUUUCAGAGUUUAAUUUUAAAACCUUGAACGCCUAUGACAUUUAAAUAAUUGGGAGAAAUUGUGGUCUUCAUCCAAACUUAUAUUUUGGGUUAUCCCCCUUUAUACAUCAACUGUACGCGGAUCGGCUGGCGGAUCAUACAACUAUGUAAAUAAUAC